AUGGCUUCUGCUGCUCUUGAGCUGGCGGGCUUCUUCUUGGGUCUGCUGGGCUUACUGGGGAGCCUGGUGUCCACGGUGCUCCCCUAUUGGGAGAAUACGGCGCACGUGGGCUCCAAUAUUGUGACAGCCUCGGGCACCGUGAAAGGCCUGUGGAUGGAGUGCGUUCACCAGAGCACCGGGGCCUUUCAGUGCGAGACGUUCAACUCCAUCCUGGCUCUUUCCACCGAUCUGCAGGCAUCCCGGGCCCUCAUGGUGGUGUCUCUCGUGCUGUCCACCCUGGGCCUGAUCAUUGCCGUCCUGGGGAUGCAGUGCACCGUCUGCCUAGAGGAAUCGGGGGAGCUCAAGAAACGAGUGGCGGGCGCGGGCGGGUGCUUCCUCCUCACCGCCGGCUUCAUGACACUGGUGCCUGUUUCAUGGACGACCAACAAGGUGAUCCAGAAUUUCUACAAUCCCAACAUGCCUGCCACUCUCAAGUUUGAAUUGGGCGAUUGCCUCUACUUGGGCAUUGUUUCGGCCUUCCUUUCCAUACUUGGCGGUGGCAUGCUCGCUGCUUCCUUCUGUGAAGGCCAGGAAGGUGGCGGAGGCCGGGGGAGGCGGCACGGCGGGGGCUACCCGUACCCGGUGGGUGGCUUACCGGCAGUACGAAACCCCAACACCCUACAAAUGGGAGGCAUGAAUGUGAACAGUCGAGGACAGACAAUGGGUCCAAGUGUUAACGGGACGCCUGGGGCAGACCAUGUGAAACCCGUAGCAGCAGGCUAUGAUGUUACAGGAUAUGUGUGA